UAGGAGCAGGGAUCCACAGACGCCGAUUACCACCACCACGACCAUGGCUCCAGCUCUGCAGCAGCUGAUCCUCUUCCUCCUGUCAGGUGUCCUGCUCCCCCAAGAUGCCUGGUGCUUUUCUACCAGCAUCAGCAGCGGGCGUGCGAAUCCCCCCGCCUUUUCCGCGAGGAGCCAUGGCCGAGCCGCGAUGAUGAUGAUGGCGAAGGAGGGGGAUUUGGUGCGAGUGUCGCUACCGAAACCGCUAGGCAUCCAGCUGGAGGAAGUGGUCCCGGGGUCUCCGGGGGUGAGGGUUGCGGGCGUGGUGGAGGGGGGGACGGCCAAGGAGAGCGGCGAGAUCGGCGCAGACAUGGUCCUGUUGGAGAUCGGCGGGAAAGACAUCACGGGCGCGACGUUCGACCUCGUGAUGGACACCCUCGUCGCGGCGCCGGCGGGGGUACCCAUCGAUCUCGUCUUCCGCGACCCCUCCGCGGCGGCGCCGGCGGCGACAGAAGCACCUGAGGCGCCGACCCCGGCUGUGGCGAUGGGAGUUCCCUGCGAGCUCACGGUCGGAGGCGUUACUCUGGAGGCCAAGACGGGGGAUAACCUACGGAAGACGCUCCUCGCCGGGAAGGUGGAGGUGUACGACAUGGUCGGGAAGAUGACUAACUGCAAUGGAGGGGGUCAGUGCGGCACUUGCGUUGUGGAGAUUGUCGAAGCCGAAGGCUGGGAUCCGAGGAGCGAAUGGGAAGCUGGAAAGCUCAAGGGUCGACCGGAAUCCCAGCGGCUGUCCUGCCAGACGAUUAUUCAGGGGGACGCUACUAUCGUCACAAAGCCCCCGAAGAAGUAGGCAGACCACGGUUCCCCCAGAGGGCUUUGCUAGAUUUUUGUUUCCAUCCCAUACUACUUUGGACGCGGUUAAGAAUAUACCUUCCGGUACAAAUCUGGGCACACCAGCCGUGGUCACACAUGUGUACAACUGUACAAGUAGGCGCCGGCCGUGGUCUUUGGGACCAUGCUUGGCACAAAAGCUUUCGCCGCUGCACAGGCACGGAGGCCGGG